CGCUCAGAUGGCCGUAUGUGUCUGGAGUUGUGUAAAGAGUGCAGACUGUACCACUGUCCUGUCUGCCAGCCGUCUGUCUACAAACCAAAAGGAGAAUAUGCAAGUGUUUGGACGCAUGUGGAAAUCCACCGAAUGAGGGCCUUGCAACAUGGAGAAUAUAACAUCUAUGUGUGCCAAUUGCAGUGCAGAGGAGAAAGACAUUUUCACUGUCCUUACUGCCCAAAGACAAUUAUCACUCGGAAACAGUUUGAAAGUCAUAUGGACAAAUGUGUGGUGACGCAAAGUUCAACAGCAGCAGCAGCAGACACAGGGGUCCCGUCAGCUGCUCCACCUGCUGCUCCGGCUCAACUAGCAACCACCGCCGGCCAGGGUGCCAUCAUCCUGCUCAACCUCACGCCACCUGUUCAGAAAACUGUUACGACAGAGCAGUGUUUGGCUUCACCUGAACCCCCUGUUAAAAUAAAAUGCACAUUAGAUCCUGCUCCUCAAGUCCAGUCUAAAACCCCAACGGCUCAAAUAUUCAAAACAGCGGGAAGAAAAAUAAAAUGUCCAAUGUGCAGUUUAUACUUGAAUAAAAAAAAUCUAAGUAAACACAAACUCAGGAAACACUUAAUUUCUGAGGUGGACAUAACGGCCAAAGACCAUCUUAGAAGUCAGUGUAUCGAUUCUCAUAACGGCGUGUAUGCCGUCGCAAAGUCCUACAAGGCCACCGCUGUACCGGUUCAUGUCAUCAAAAAGAAAUCAGGCAGCACAAAUAAAAUGUUGUGUGGAGAAGAUCGGUGUGAGGUUAUUGCAGGUUUCCGACAGAGGAGUGGUUUGACUAACAGCCAGUGUCCCCACCUGCGAUCUGUCGAUUUUUGUUAUACUCACGCUGAAAUACAAGACCUGAAAUCUGGUCUGCUGGAACAGCUGGCUGCCAAUAAAUGGAUUGGAAAGGACAUGGCAAGGAAGUGCCUCGACCAUCAGGACCAAGCGGCGCAACACAGGGCCCCACUUGUUACCCUUGUGGCUCUUGGUGGAAGUCAUUGCCUUUAUUUGUCUGUGUUUGAGUCUAAAGUGUCACAGUACAGUAGGCUAGGAAGAGUAUUUGUGACUUAUUAUGUAAAUCGAAAGUUGUGGCAUUGCGAUUGUUCUCGAGGGAGAAUAACUUGCUUGCACAAAUGCGUAGCCAAAUGGUAUCUCUUCCAAACCAAUAAGGAGUUAUUUUCUUCAGACGCUGAACUGGACAAACCCAUAAGCAUUUCUGGGUUCAUAGAGGACUCGUCUGCAGAAAAUUCAACUGGAACUGUGUCAGGAGAAGGAGAACUAAAACAAACGGCAAAGUACAUUUACAACCACAAAAAACUGCCCUCUGAGUUUCCUGAAAAAAUCAUCCAGUUUGACCCUGAAACACACAUUUUGAAGCAUUUGAUUCCAGCUGAAACUGUCUGCCAAGAGUGUCCAGGUCAUGUUUCCUUAACAGAGCCGGUGCUGAUCACCAACAGAGCGAAGAUCAUUACUGUGACCGGGGUGAUCCAAGAUAGUUGCACCUUUUUCAAAAAGUGUCUCGACUGUGAAAUGGUCUACCGUUACCAGGAGUGGAGUGAGGGUCUGCACAAUUACAACAACCACAUAAUCCUGAGUCUGGAGCUCUGUUUGUUGCUGAGAAGCCUGAUAAAGGAUCACUCUGCUGAUGGAGUGGUGGAGGUGCUGGAACAGGCAGUAGGUGUCAAGUCUCCGUGUGGCAACGAUGUGCUUCAGGCAUACCUCCACUUUGAAGCUCUGACGAGUCACGGCUGUCCGUCCUCAGUCAUGAUAGAUCUUCAUCAGAAGGGGGUUUUCAGCAUUGCAGGGAUUGAGAUGAAGGACCUGCCAGAAUCUUUUAACGGAGAUGUAAAUGAAGGGGACUUCUGGGAUUCGGUGUGCAUGGAAGUGAUUUCGAGUGGCCUUGUUGCUCGAAGUGCUACCAGUCUUGACACCAUAAACAGUCACCUCAGAGAAGCUACAGUGUCUGCUGUUGUCACAACCUCCUUCACCCUGGCUGAGAGAAAGAGGCUGAGCAAGCAGAGAACAAAGGAGUGUCACAAAGCUGUGAUCGGAUAUCUUGUGAAAGGAUUAAAUCCCUUGUCCACAGUGGAGUCACCAUGGUUCAGAGAAAUGAUAAAAACACUCAACCCAAAGUACCAGCUGCCGUCCAGAGAUCAGCUCGUAAACACGCUGAUACCUUCAUGUUACUCUGUGGAGAGGAAGAAUCUCAUCAGAGAGCUGCUUCAGGUGUCCAAAGCUGCAGUGACAUGUGAUUGGUGGACGACUCUCGCCCACGACCAGUACCUGACAGUUACCAUACACUUCAUAAUGAACAGCCAGAUGAGGCAGAAAGUGCUCCGUACAAAGUCGGUUUAUGACUCUCAGAUGAGCCCGGCAGCAGCAGAGCUGAUCAGCGCUAUACUCGAGGAAUUUGGUGUCAAAGACAAGGUUGUCGCUAUGACAAUGGAAAAUGCAUCCAGUAUGGACUCUUCCAAUAAGAAAUUGCCAUUUAGGAAGUUGCGGUGUUUUGCCCACAUACUAAAUCUCUCUGCACAGAAGGUGAACACCAGCAACACUGAGGCCAGCUGGGCGUCAAAAAUAAGAGCUAUUGUUGUUUGGAUCAGAAGAUUGUCCACUGCUGGGACAGUUCUUCAAGAGAAACAGCAGCAAUGGAAUUUACCACAGCACUCUUUAAUAGUCGACAUCCGGACACAUUGGCGCUCCUUGUACCUCAUGGUGGAGAGGUUUGUAGAGCAGUAUACUGCCAUCCAGGCCGCCACUGCAGAUCCCCGGCUAAAACCAUCUUUUGAGAAGAAAAGGCUGGAAACGCUGUCAGGCGCCGACCUCCAAGAAGCUGAGGAGUUCAUCAGGACCAUGAAGCCUCUGUAUAGAUCCUCGCUCUGUGUCCCAGCUGACAAGAGUCCAAUUUGUAGUCAGAUAUUUCCUAUUCUGAAAGAACUGGAGGCCCACUUUGAAACCCAGGACGAAGACUCUCUUUUCACAGCCACGCUCAAGCAGAAAGUCUGGGUUGACCUGUCAUCAUGCUAUAAGGAGGAUGGUGACACUUGGAAGUUCCUACAGGAGGCGAGUGCUAUGGACCCGAGGUUUAAGAACAGAGUCGACUCUGAUGAGAUUUGGAAUAGAGUGAAAAAAGCUGCAGUUACAGUUUCAACCACAACAGGACACGUGUCAAAUCACAAGGAACACAGAUUUCAGGAGAAGGAUAGUGAUGCUGACGAUGUAUCCGAGCAAAAUGACGAGUAUUCAGAUGAGACUCCGUUGGCCAAAAAGCCGAGGUUCACUGCCCCCGAGGAGGACAGAGCUCUGAAGAGCAACGCAGCAGCAGAAAAGACCCUGUCCAUCCUUGAAAGAGUGCAGCGAGAAUUGCAGCUGUACAGACGUCUGCCUGUGAUACCCUCUUCAGAAGAUGCUCUGGCCUGGUGGUGGGAGCGACAGGACAUGCUGCCUCUCCUGUUUGAACUCUCUAACUCAUACCUGUGUGUCCAAGCAUCAACAGCAGGCGACACAAUCGGCCAAGAGAGGUUGCAUAUUCAACCAGAACAGGCGGAUAUGCAGAUAUUUCUACAGAAGAAUUGAUUAUCUAUGACAACCAAUAUGUUAAGUGCUAAAAACCUUUCAUUUAUAAUGUUCAGUCCUGCUGUUGAAUUAAUAUUUGGUUGAUGUCAAACUCAAGAGGAAAAAUAAAAGGAUUCUAUAUUUGUUA